AUGGAAUUCAGAGUUUUCCAUAUCGCAGACCAAGGCGCAUAUUUCGUCGUGCUCAUAUUCUGCGCCUUGAGCAGUGUUGCAGCACUUAUCCUUCGCUUCGUGGCCACUCGUCGGUCCAACCGCAGACCCGGCGCAGAAGACUGGUUUGCCCUGGUGGCAGUAUUGCUGUCUCUCGCCCGGGUCGGUUUCAUGCUCGACUGCCUCGUAGUCAUCGAUGGUCGCAGGGUUGACCCGACUAUUGACCCACAAAACUUCGAAAAGAUUUUCAAGAUGAUGCUUGCCACAACAAUUACAACAAUGCUGGAUCAGACAUUCGCCAAACUCAGCGUUUGCGCGUUAUAUCGUCGCAUCUUCGGCGUGAACAAAACGUACAGACGCUGGGUGUACAUUCUAGCUGCAGCUCAGUGCGCGGCAUGCCUUACUCUGGUCUUCAUGCAACUACUUCAAUGCCGGCCUCUGAACAAAUCCUGGGACUGGUCGGCUCCUGGGGAGUGCAUGCCUUGGACGAUGACGCUCUUAGCCACGGAGCCCCCGAGCUCACUUAUCGAUUUCGGGCUCGUAGCGCUCGCCAUGGUGAUGAUUCAGCCCAUGCAGUUAAAGACAAACGCUAAGUGGAAGCUGCGUUUCCUUUUCGGCCUGGGCAGCCUUGGUGGGAUCUUUGGAUUCAUCAAGAUUGGCCUCGCCUACAAUCCUGAUCCGCUCCACGUGACCGCCUCGCUUGGGGUUUGGGGGGCAAUACACUCUUUGAUCGGCAUUUUCUGCUGCUGUGCAACUGGCUAUGGAGCUCUGAACCCCUCGAGACUUUGGAGACGUAUUGCCUCCAAGGCCACCGCAUGCACUCCGAGGUUCAAGUCGAAACGGGGGAACAAGAAUCCAUUCUCGCCGACCGGGCCAUGGCAGACUGCACCAGUCGAUCCGUAUUUUCAAGGCGAGGGCUGGUUCCAUGCCAAUGGUUACAACGGCAGCACCAGGUGCCUAGUGACUAGUGAUGCCCGGCGUGGUGCAUCAAGUAGCAAUGAAAAAUACCCUGUGGGCUCAAUACAGGUCGAUAGGCGUGUGGACGUUGACUACCCCACGGCGUACCAUGCACAUGAAGAGGAGGUAGAUCAUGUCCCCGGCAGGUCGCGACUUCUGAGGCCUAGCCCAACCCAUCUUCGUGCUCUCAGAGCGCCACCAAUAUUUGAUGGGCGCAGUACGCGUGCCAGGCUGUUUGAGACGGCUGGAUAA